CGCCGAUUGGCUGAGCCGGCGCCAAGCCGAGCCAGUCGGGGUAGUGGAAGAGCCUCGGCCGAUCAUCGGCUCAGGCGGGCGGGGAGAAAAGGGUGGCGGCGGGCAGCAGGAGAUCGGUGGAUGCUCACUGCGGGCGCGCUGAGGCCGGCCAGGCGGACAUCUACGGACAGGAAGAGAAGGCUCGAUUGCAAAUAGGACCGCAUUUGGAACCGAAAUGGAACCAGCAGCUGGCAAGCCAAUGAGAGAGCAGAUCAUAAUGACACAUUUGACAGAAGGCAUUCCAAAAGUAAGCACCAACACGAAAAAGGUUAGCCAAAACCAGGCCAAGAAGUGCACAGUGAUCGGAGGCUCUGGGUUCCUGGGGCAGCAUAUGGUGGAGCAGUUGCUGGCAAGAGGCUACGCUGUCAACGUAUUUGAUAUGCGGCAGGGGUUCGACAAUCCCCGGGUGCAGUUUUUUCUGGGCGACCUCUGCAGCCGACAGGACCUGUAUCCAGCUCUGAAAGGUGUAAGCACAGUUUUCCACUGUGCAUCACCCCCACCAUCCAGUAGCAACAAGGAACUCUUUUAUAGAGUGAAUUACAUUGGCACCAAGAACGUCAUUAAAACUUGCAAAGAGGCUGGGGUUCAGAAACUCAUUUUAACCAGCAGCGCUAGUGUCGUCUUUGAGGGCGUUGACAUCAAGAAUGGAACUGAGGACCUCCCUUAUGCCAUGAAACCCAUUGACUACUACACGGCAACAAAGAUCUUACAGGAGAGAGAAGUGCUGGCUGCCAACGAUCCCGAGAGGAAUUUCUUAACCAUAGCCAUCCGCCCCCAUGGCAUUUUCGGCCCACGGGACCCCCAGCUGGUCCCCAUCCUCGUCGAGGCGGCCAAGGAAGGCAAGAUGAAGUUUAUAAUUGGAAAUGGAGAGAACUUGGUGGACUUCACCUUCGUGGAGAACGUGGUCCACGGACACAUCCUGGCUGCAGAGCAACUCUCUCAAGUCAUGGCCUUGGGUGGGAAGGCAUUCCACAUCACCAAUGACGAACCCAUCCCUUUCUGGAUGUUCAUGUCCCGCAUCCUGACAGGCCUCAAUUACGAGGCCCCCAAGUACCACAUCCCCUACUGGGUGGCCUACUACCUGGCCCUCCUGCUGUCCUUGCUGGUGAUGGUGAUCAGCCCUGUCAUCCAGCUGCAGCCCACUUUCACACCGAUGCGGGUCGCACUGGCUGGCACGUUUCACUACUACAGCUGCGAGAAAGCCAAAAAGCUCAUGGGCUACCAGCCAUUGGUCACCAUGGACGAUGCCGUGGAAAGAACUGUGCAGAGCUUCCACCACCUGCGGAGGGUCGAGUGAGGCCCCCGAGACUGGGCCCUCUCACCGUGUUUCCCCACCGAGGGCUCUCUGUGGACCAAUAAACUAGCCUUCAAGUGA